GCCUUUCCUUACGAUUUUGGCGGGAGUUUUUGUGCAAGGAGAGCUUAAGUGUAGAAAUGGAGCAACAGUGGAACAAAUGAAAGCAACGCUCACUUGUAAUGGAAACAUGACUGUCUACGUGGACAGCAAACUGGUCAACAGUAAAUCCUCCAAUUACACGAUUGCACAAGAAACCAUUAUCCCCCCAAAGUCAUCCAUCCUCGUGAUUCGCUGUGGAAAGCCUCUCCCGAAUGAAAAAUUCAGCGCAAUUUUGGGCGGUAUCGGCAAUUCUUUUGUGACGUCGGGUAAAAAAUGGAUGUGUACGGGUACGGACGCAAACACAUCAGCGUGGGACACCGCGGUGUUGACAUCGUGGGCUCACGCUUCCGUUCAUCAGAAAAAUAGCGAGGAAGCUAUCCCAUUUGGAGUUGUGAACGGUAUUUCAGGCGAAGCGGAAUGGAUUGGGCUAAGCAAAGUGGUAGAUUCGCUGUACUGCAGAUUACCUCUGUGCCCAAUAAAAGAAUGCAUAACCAUGUACACAACUUGUGUUGAGAAUCAUCAGCUGAAUGGUUUUGUUUUUUCUCAAUUUCACGUCAAAAAUAUUGCACAAUGCGGCAUGAAGUGCUUCGCUGAGAAGAGCUGUCGAUCAUUUAAUUUCAUUUCCUCAUCAUUGAGUUGUGAACUCAAUAAUUCAACUGAACGUUUGGGCUCAAAAAACCUUAAAGCAGCUCCUGGUGUGAUGUAUUUGUACAGGAAUGAUUGAUGGAAGUCUCUUAGCGAUUACACAAAAUGAUCGAUAUACACUUUGUGACUGCAGAUUGCCCCAAUUAAGUACCUGUAUAUACGAUACUAUAACAAUUCAAAGUAUAAAUAUCUAUGGCAAGGCGGGAAUAAUCCGCACUAAUUUAAGUAAUUAGCAAUAAGAUCUAUAUGAUAUCAUG